UCUGCUACUAACAUGAUUGCUAAGUGAGUGAACCAUGGUGAAGGGGACUUUUUAGCUCAGUUUCUCUUGCUGUUGGAGUCAAUUUCUUUAAUAAAAUGACGACUCAACGUAAAAACAGUCCCGCCUGAGCUUUUAAGCUCCCCUGAGACGCCGCGCGAGCUUCUAGCACCGGUCGGUGGGAUGGAUCCUCUGGGGGCUCGCUCCCAGUUUGUGGAUAUCCAGUCCCUUCCGGUGUGGCAACAGCAGCCGAGUGAGGAAGCCAAGGAGACGCCGCUGGACCAGGGGGACGGCCCGCUCGGCCACGAGGCCUUUCCCUCGCCCUUCCCUUUCAGACCGGACAUCAACCGCAAGAUCAUCCUCUACACCGGGGACGUUGCCCUGCUGAACUGCACUGCCAUUGUGAACACCAGCAACGAGUCGCUGAACGACAAGAAUCCAGUGUCGGACGGCAUCCAUCAGCUCGCCGGGCCUGAACUGAGGGAAGAACUCAUAAAACUCAAAGGAUGUCGGACAGGCGAGGCCAAGCUGACCAAAGGCUUCAACCUGGCGGCGCGGUUCAUCAUCCACACGGUGGGACCGAAGUACAAAGCCAAAUACAGGACUGCAGCGGAGAGCUCUCUGUUCAGCUGCUACAGGAACGUCAUGCAACUGGCAGCAGAACAGUCGAUGGCGUCUGUCGGCUUCUGUGUGCUGACCACAACCAAAAGAGGCUAUCCACUGGAGGACGCUGCACACAUCGCUUUCAGAACAGUGCGCCGUUUCCUGGAGAACCAUGGAAACAGCAUCGACACGGUGGUGUUCGCAGUGUCGGACACAGAGGAGUCUGUGCACAAGAAGCUUCUCCCGCUGUACUACCCUCGCUCCGAGGAAGAGGAGAGGCGCUGCCUUCCUCUCAUCCCGGCUGACAUUGGCAACUCGGAGGGCGAGCCCGUGGUUCCAGAGAGACAGAUCCGCAUCGCGGAGAAGCCAGGCAGCCUGGAAGAUGAGUGUGAAGAGGAGAACCUGGAGCUGGAUUUGGGUCAGGUGGGGAAUCACGCCUUCGCUCGGAUGGAGGGCGACGUGGACAAGCAGAGGAAGCUGAUCCUCCAGGGCCAGAUGUCUGAGGCAGCCGUACAGAAACAGCACCAGAGAAACUACAGUCGCUGGCUGUGUCGAGCGAGAGCGGAGGAUCUGUCAGACGUCGCUGCGCUGAAAGCCUUAUAUCAGACUGGUGUGGACAUAUGCGGCAGGACGGUGAUGGUGGUGGUUGGACGAAACAUCCCAGUGACCCUCAUUGACCUCGAAAAGGCCUUGCUGUACUUCAUCCAUGUGAUGGAUCACAUCACAGUGAAGGAGUAUGUGAUCGUUUACUUCCACACGCUGACCGGAGAGCACAACCAUCUGGACUCGGACUUCCUCAAAAACCUCUACGACGUCGUUGAUAUCAAGUACAAAAAGAAUCUCAGGGCCUUUUAUUUUGUACAUCCAACGUUUCGCUCAAAGGUCUCCACUUGGUUCUUCACCACCUUCAGCGUGUCGGGCCUGAAGGAGAAGGUCCGUUACCUGGACAACCUGCCGCAGCUCUUCACCUGCAUCAAACCCGAGCAGAUCGACAUUCCUCCGUUCGUCCUGGAGUACGACGCACGAGUAAACGGACCGAACCAUCCCAACGAGGCUUCUGGUCUGUGACAGGACGCCGCCUGGACCUCUGUGCUAGGCGGGCGCCGUGAAUUCAGCCCCUCUAAGAGAAGCUAUUAAUGGACGUCAGACUGCCUGAGCGGUCUGAACUCAAACUCCGUCAGGCUGUGAAUCGCGGCGGGGAAAAUCUCCCUGUUGACGUUUCCCGCCAAAAUCGUAUGAAGAGAGUCGUCUCAGGUCAGCAGUAGCGACCGUUUGUCGGUCCGGGAUACUUCCUGGAUUAUUCCUUGCAUAAAGUCUUUUUUAUAUAUAUAUAUAUAUAUAUAUAUAUAUAUGUAUUUUCUCCAAAGCAAAUAAAGAGUCAAGUCACAAAACCACACCUUAUCCAGCUAGUAGCUGAAUGUAGCGGCUGCAAGUUUUACUAUUCAAUGCAGUACGUCGCUAUGACAACAAGAGGAGCUUAAAUCUGGGGGGCAGAAAGCAACAUAAAGUUUAGAGUAGUGCAAACCAAUGAAUACGAGGAGAAAGAGGACAUUUGCUGCCCUUAUUGCAGAAGUUAACAUGCAUAUUUUCAUGGUAGACUUAAGUCCAACAAAAAAAAACUUUUUUUUUUUUACUUCGUUCCCAUUCAUAUAUCAUGUUUUUUAAUUCAUUUAACAUCCUGGUCACUAAUCAAAGCUGAUCAAUGGAAAAUAAGCUAAAUCUCUAGCUGAAGUAAUUGAUGCAAAGCUAAAACAGGAUGUUAUCAGGAGUGAUAUUUGCAGAAAAGAAACUUAUCAUCAAGAAUAAACAGUUUCCUUGAGGGAACACUGAGACUGAUUACGUCUUGAAUUGUAAAUACUGUUUAUAUCUUACAAACUGAAUCAGGUUUGUAAAAGAAGUCCCAUAAAACUACCUAUUUAUUUAACACGUGAUUUUUCCUUUUUUUUUUUCUUUUCCAAAUAAGUGAUUUUAUUUGUAGAAAUUCAACUUUGUCUCUUGAUGUACCCACCAACCAUAAGAAAGGUUCAGUUCACUAUUGUUUUCUUGUGUCUAAAACUAACUUUGGGCAAUAAUUUCUCCGGUUUUCUCAGUUUUCGUCCUCCACUGAUAAAACCAUUUGGGUUCCAUGUUUUCUGUUCGUUCGGUAAAGAAACCUUUGUAGAUUUUCAGACGCGAGGCUUUGUGACUGCAUCGUCAGUAAUAGUUUUCUAACACUGCAAAAGCACAAAAUCCUGCCAAGUAUUUUUGGUCUAGUUUCUAUUUGGUCAACAUCUUAGGACACUUGAAAUGUAACAAAAUUAACAUUUAAGCAACUUUUCAGCAAGAUACAGCAGCUUGUUUUACGUCAAUAAUUCCUUA